CGCCCGCUAUAGACAGCGCGAGCGGCGGUUCGCGCCACUUCCUGCCUCCUCCUCAGCCAAUCGGAAGAGCGUGCGGAGAGAAGUGGGCGGGGCGUGCGCGCUGCGGGAAGAGCGGAGCCGCGGAGGGACAUUGGCGGAGACACCGGGAUGAACCACAAGAGCAAGAAGCGGAUUAAGGAGGCGAAGCGCAGCGCCCGGCCCGAGCUCAAAGAGUCCCAGGACUGGAGCCGCCAUAACUACGCCGAGGUGUUCAGUCUGAGCCCCGGGAGUGUGCUGGAUAAUGUAGAGCGCGCGGACGCCCUGCAGCUCAGCACCGAGGAGUUCAUCGAGCGCUACGAGAAGCCGUAUAAGCCGGUGGUGAUCGUGAACGCCUCGCUGGGCUGGCCCGCCCAAGAGAAAUGGACCCUGGAAAGACUCAAACGCAAAUACCGCAACCAGAAGUUCAAGUGCGGGGAGGACAACGACGGCUACUCGGUGAAGAUGAAGAUGAAAUACUACAUCGAGUACAUGGAGGGGACGCGGGACGACAGCCCCCUCUACAUCUUCGACAGCAGCUACGGGGAGCACCCCAAAAGAAGGAAACUGCUGGAGGACUACGACGUGCCAAAGUAUUUUCGGGAUGACCUCUUUCAGUUUGCGGGAGAGAAGAGGCGACCACCGUACAGAUGGUUUGUGAUGGGACCCCCUCGCUCUGGGACCGGAAUUCACAUUGACCCUUUAGGGACCAGCGCGUGGAAUGCCCUGGUGCACGGACACAAGCGCUGGUGCCUCUUUCCCACCAAUACUCCGCGCGAGCUGAUCAAAGUGACGCGAGACGAAGGCGGCAACCAGCAGGACGAGGCCAUCACGUGGUUCAACGUCAUCUAUCCCCGCACACUGCUGCCCACCUGGCCGGCCGAGUACAAGCCGCUAGAGAUCCUGCAGAAGCCGGGGGAGACCGUAUUUGUGCCAGGUGGUUGGUGGCACGUCGUAUUGAACUUAGACACUGCCAUCGCCAUUACCCAGAACUUCGCCAGCGUUACGAACUUCCCGGUGGUUUGGCACAAGACAGUGAGAGGGCGACCUAAGCUGUCCAGAAAGUGGUAUAGGAUCCUGAAGCAGGAGUGCCCUGAUCUGGCUGCGUUGGCCGACACCGUGGAUUUACAGGAGUCGACUGGGAUCGCGUCCGACUCUUCGAGCGACUCCUCCAGCUCCUCGUCAUCCAGCUCUUCCGAAUCUGGAUCGGAGGACGACUCCAGUUCCGGAGCGGAGACCAUGUCGCACCGUAAGAAGAAGAGGAGAACGUGCAGCGGGAUGGGCAACGGGGACAGCACCACGCAGGACGACUGUGUGAGCAAAGAGCGGAGCUCCUCCAGGUGACACUAGUCUGGCAGCCAGAGACGGCAAAAGAUGGCUCCUGCGCACGAUCGCAACGGGACGGUUUCCUUCUUGUUCUGAUUUCCCUUUCCUAAUCAGCUGCUAGAAGUCUAAGGAUCAAGCGGAGUGCCACCAUUUUUAUAUAUAUAUCUAUACAGACAAUUUAUUGGUGUCCAUACCAACUCCUGUGAAAUCAUCUCCGGUAAUGGUUACGAAGCGUCGCGGAUGAAUAAUGGAAGUGUCGCUUCAAGGGGAGGGCGGGAAUAUCUGGUCGGGACCCCACUUUAGGUUCUAAAUACAAGAAAAAUUAAGGAUUUUACUAUAUUCUUCGCGUCUGUUUUUAACCUCCUGCAGCAAGUGAGGUCUGUGCAGGUUCUUAGGUCUUUUAACUCUGAUGAGACAGCUGAGGUUCUCCAGCUGUUGCACAACUACAACUCCCAGCAUGCCCUGAUAGCCUGCGGCUAUCAGGGCAUGCUGGGAGUCGUAGUUGUGCAACAGCUUGGUUACAGUGCUCUAGGGUUUAUUGCUACCUGAAUACUAAAUCUCCCCUCGUUCUAGGCUAAAUAGUCAAGUAGGCGGUCCUACUGUGUAAUUGACAGAUGUCUCUAGGGGUACUCCG